AUGGCAAUAUUGGUUUGUGUACAAACUUGGAUGUUGGUUUGGAAUGAAAGUGAGGACAAAACUUUUCUUGACGCAUGUAUCCAUGAACUAACCACUAAUGGUCGUGAGGGUUCUGGGCUUAAGGCUAGUUCAUGGAAGAUAGUACGCGAAAAAUUGAUGAACGAACACGGUAAAGAGGUUGAUCAAAAGCAAAUGAGAAACCACUUUGACUACUACAAAUCAAAGUAUGUUGCUUGGGUGAAACUGAAAAACAAAACCGGCAAUAUAUAUGACCCUAUAAAAAAUAAAUUUAACCUGACGGAUGAACAAUGGAAGGAAGAGGGGAAGCUGAACAAGUUCGUGUUGUCAUUGAAAACUAAACCCCUGCUGUUUCCUGAUCUUUGCACCCAACUAUUUGAAGGGUCGACCUCAACCGGCUUUCAAAGUUGGGGGCCAUCUUCUACACUCCCUCGUCCUGUAGAAGAGUUUAGUGUCCAUGAUUUUGAUGAUGAUGUUCCAAUGGAAACCUCAACACAACACGUAGGUGCAAGUGAAGAAUCUUCGGGGCGUUCAAAAAAUACGGAAGUUGGUGGAAACAAAAGAGUUGGUGGAAAAAAGAGAGAUGCAAGGGCGUUAGAAGUUGAAGAGGAGAUUGUCAAGCUUGCAAGGUCAAGUAUGGUUUCUGAUGGUGAAGUUGUAGCUUUUCUUUUACUUGUGUUUUAUUGGUUGAGGUCAAACCGACGCAGACUAAUACGAAUUCAUAGAAUUAGAGAUAACGAUUCAAGCGGGUAUGCGUAUACGCAAGAUUUGAUGUACGGAGACCCUACACAAUGUUACGAUAUGAUGCGUCUUACACAAGAGGACAUAAUGAACGUUUUCGCGCGGUUAAGGGAAGAUUUCAUCACUCCACACAAACGAUUCAUCAAUGUUUUCAUGAGAUGGGAGGGUAUAGCACAUGAUUCAAGAGUUUUGAAAGAAGUUGCAUUCAAUUCGACUUCUGGAUUUCCAUUUCCUCCACCGGAGAAGUAUUACCUUUGUGAUGCCGCAUAUACAAACACUCGUGGGUUUAUGGCUCCAUAUCGCAAUACUAGGUAUUGGUUAGCCGAUUUUCGAAGAGGCAGACCUUUAACUAGAGAAGAAAGGUUCAACUAUGCUCAUGCACAACUUAGAAAUGUUAUUGAGCGUGCUUAUGGUGUUUUGAAGGCGAGAUUCCCAAUCUUAAAACAAAUGGCUCCUUAUCCUUUUACCGUGCAAAGAGACAUAGUCAUUGCUUGUGUCGCGGUCCAUAAUUUUAUAAGGAAAUACAAUAUAGAAGAUGACUUGUUUAGAAAUUUUGAGGAGGACACUAUGGUUACUCCUGACGUCCAAGGUGGGGGAAUUGAUAGAGAAAACAUACAAGGCAUAGAAUGGGGUCCAGAAGCCGUUGAAUAUAUGCGUGUUUUGCGUGAUCAGAUUGCAAAUCAACUACUUUCACCUACUUUACGUUAA